AUGGCGGCACAGACGGGUGAUUCGGAAAGUCUCUUAAAUCAGGCGGACAGCAUGUGGAAAAUGCUCGAUGAUCUGGUAGAAUCAGAUCCCGAAGCAUAUAAGAGAUUCAUGGAGAAGACGUUGAAGGAAGGAUCUACUAUGUUUAAGCCACCAGAACCUUGUUUUUGUGUUAUAACUGUAUUGGUAAGUGUCGUGUUCAGUGUACUUGAAAUAUAGGUAUAAGGUCAGGGUUCUAUCUAGAGUAUUUGAGGGGUAGAAGUUCCCCCCUCCACCAAAAUGCCCUGCCUCCCCCCAAAAAAUAUCGGAGCUAAGUGUAACAUUUUGUCAGAACGUGAUCACGACUAAAAAAUAAAAUAAAAUACCACUGUAACAUUUCUCAAAAUUGGGUCUCAAAAUGCACCAGAUUGCAUCUCAGCGCAUAUUCAUUUCAAAACAUUUCCGGGGGAGCAUGCCCCCGGACCCCCCUAGGAAGCUCGUGGCCUUCGCCCACUCGGGACUUCUCCUCUUCUCUUCUUCUGCUAGAUAGAACCCUGAAGGUAUAAGAUUGAAAUUGCAUUAGGGUCUGUCGAAGUUGAUAUCUUUUAACGCAGUCACGUCCUUUACAGCCCCAACAAUGAAGUGGAUACUGAUACUUGUACUACGGAUAUUCUUUUUGUCCUUCUGUUGUUUGAAUUCUUCUCUAUGAUUUGACUGAUGUUUUAUGUAUUUGUUUUAAUCAGUUCUCUCAGGUGUAUUUACUUGCAUUGAGUGUUUUUGUUGUAAAUAAAGACAUGUCAAAUCCCAAAGCGCAUGUGUGCUGUGGUCAAGAAAGAAAUCAAGAAAUCAAUAACAAAUCAAUAUUAAGUUGAUAUUUAAUAUUUAUGAGUUCACCUCGUAAUCAACAAUAAAUUUGACCUGCAUUUAAGUAUAAUUUAUGCAUUUACUUGUUAUAACUCCUGCAGACAGCUAGCCUGCAUUGCAGAUGUAAUUUAACCUCAGUUAGUAACGUCUGUGAGGCAGUGCCAAAAUCCUUGUCCUGGGCCCCCAAUGAACUCAACAAAUUACCAGAAGUGCAUUUCAAAUUUUAUUUCAUCCUGAUUGGCAAAUCCACAGUGGCUUUUUUAAAUCGCUAAUCAUGGCGCAUACUCAAAUCCAAGUCCUAGGAUCUCAAAUUCCAUGGAUAGCAAUUUUUCGGUUCCGUGCCAGAGAUCAUGGGAAACCAUUAGAAACAAUUUUUUGGUUCUGUGAAAAUUCAUGGCAACCCACUUUUAUCUCUUGUAAUAUACGGUAACAGUAUCUGUUUUCUGGAAACAUGUUGUUAAACAUGCGUUAAAAUUAAAGAACAUCAGUGUGUACUAUUCAGAUUUACAAGAAAAUUCAAUGUCUAUUAAACUGUCAGAAGAAGGUCAAUUGAAGUGAUGUGUGUGCACUUAAGUGUCAAAAACUCCAGACUCCUCUUUGCCUCAUCUGAAGAAGUAACUAUACUUGAAGUGUUUGCUACAGAUCUUGUCUUUUCAUAAAGAGAUUCGGGCCUCAUCAUCAGUUUGAACAGUGAAAUUGUCACUAAAAGACUACAUUCUAAUUGUUUUUAGACUUUUGGAGUCAUAUUUUUUUUUCUUGGCACUGGAAACCAUAACAAUCGCUGCUGCUAGCUAUGAAACAUCUUUCAUGCGUGAGUCAUCAAUAACAUGCAAUGCACUGUGGGAAUGAUUCAAGAUGGUGAACGAUAGAAGAAUGGUAACAUUUUUUAAAGUUUUCGUUUAUACACAAGCUGAGUGAUAAAGAAUUGCUGUACUAGUUAAGAAUCCAAGUGGAAAAAUAUUAUAUUUGCGUGUUUUGAUACCUCUGAAUAUACCAGGACAUGUCACCGGGAAACUAUUUUUUGGUUCUGUUAUUUUAAGAUCAUGGUAACGACACGGUACUGGAAAUGAUCGUUACCGUGACAUCCUAGGGCUUGCAAAUCCUGGUACACAGAUGGGGCCCAUAAAAAGGAUUUUGACAUUGUUUCGCAGAUGGACUUAACCAGAAUUUAGUGUCAUCUGUGGGGCAGGAUAGCUGACAGCCAAAUGAAAUAUAUUUUCAGCUUCCAUCAGUGAUUACACAUGAGCUGUUUAUAAACAUCUGCAGCUGGGAACAAAUGCCUGCCCCUAAAUUGGAAAAUGAUCCUAUUCCUGUGAUGGCAGGCGAACUUCAGGAGAAGACAGAACAGAAUUCAACAUAUUCAGUAGUGGACAUUAUUGUUAAUCCUGUUGUCACCAAAGGUGUUGCAAAAAGCAAGGAUCGUAAGAAUCUGCUUGUUAAUGUUGCAUUGGAUUACUUAGAAAACACAAAAAGAAUUCAAGUUUCAAGAAAGUAUAGAAACGCAAAAAAGACCUUCAAAGGUGAUCCAAAGACCCUGAGAAAAUACCUACGACAUGGAAAAGAGCAAAGCACAACUCCUACCAAUCAAGAACAACAAAAGCCAGGAGUGUCUGAAACUCCAGAGUCAUUACUGAAGCAACUUUCGUCAAUAACAGUUUCUGAGAGCCAGCCUGAAGGCAGCACAGGAUUAAAUUUGUUCGAAAAAUCAGCAAAUCCAAAGAAAGGCUUAAUCGAGGAAGUGUCAUCUACAAACUUCUCAGAAGUUCCAGUAACACCAAACUAUGACAUGUUAGUUAAGGAAGCAGAGAACUCCAAACCUAAACGAGUUCUUGUUAAGGUGGAGUUGCCAAAUGUAGUAUCAUCCUCUCAGUGCCUACUGGAUGUCUGUGAGGUAAUAACUGAUGAACUCAUAAUGUUACUUAUAUUUGAUUUUUGUACUUUAAAAUGAUAAAAAGUCUUUCAGAUUCAUUCUGCCCAGUUCGUCAGAGAUGGGCAAACUUAAGACAGAAAACUGCUAUUUGCAGCUCUGCUGGUUUGAUAUCUAGCCUACUUCAAACAGUUCACAGUCCCUCAGGAUUGUCAUGUAGACAGAAGUGACAUUGUCUGCUUACAGUCAAGUUAGGUCAGGCCUACCUCCCAAGAAUCCAUUAUCCAUUUAUGACUCGAAAGUUGAAUCUGUUGCUAGUUGUAGAUUUCAGAUUGAUCUCUGCAUUCUUGCAUGCAUUAUGGGUGGUGAAUUCACACGCAAGGCAGUUUUGAAAUUUCUUCAUGCUCAGUUUUCCUGAAUUUGAUAUAAAUGUCUUCCAAGAAACUUAAUCCAAUCAAAGAUUUUCAAUCUGACCAAGUACAGAGAAGUUCUUGUAAAAUAUUCACGGCUCAUUAAGCAUGCAGGAAUGCCGCUUUGAAUUGGACAGAAGAUACUGGAAUGACUAACGGCUUCAUUUUUCAAAUAAUCAUUUCAUUAAUAGAAUCUUGGGGGGUACGCUUGACCUGCCUUGACUGUAAUUGCCUUCUCUAUGUAAUGACAGGUAGCCUUUUCAGAUCAUAAAAAAGGUGACUGCGUUGCCUUCUUAGAACUACCUAGUUCCUCAUGUCGAAGCUUUUUCUUUUCUUUGAUCUUAGUUUUGACCAGAAAAACCCAUCAACUUUUAGUAACUCGUUUUAUUUUCCUUCUUUAGAGUGAACUGCUGCUGAACGUGCCAAGUAUGGAUAAACUUCAUGUUAAGCUGCCACAAAAAAUUGAUCCAGACCAAACUGAAGCCACCUUCAAUACGAUCAAACACGUGCUAAUUGUCAAACUUCCAAUUCAAUCUUAACUUCAACAUUAGAAAUAGAUGUAAAGUUGAUGUCACCAC